AUGUCGCCCAAUCUGAAAGACCGACCGAUCGUCAUCUCCGGCCCCUCGGGCGUCGGCAAGGGCACCCUCGUCGACAAGCUUUUCAAAGACCACCCGGACACCUUCGCGUUCACGGUAUCGCACACGACCCGGCAGCCGCGCGCCGGCGAAGUCGACGGCACCAACUACCACUUCGUGACGCCGACGCAAUUCAGCGAGCUGAUCGCGGAGGGGGCGUUCGUCGAACACGCGACCUUCAGCGGGAACAGCUACGGUACGUCCAAGCGGACCAUCGCGGACCAGAUCGCCAAGGGGCGCAUCGUCGUGCUCGAUAUCGAGAUGUACGGCGUCAAGCAGAUGAAGGAAAACCCCACCAUCAACGCCCGCUACGUCUUUAUCGCGCCGCCGAACUUCGAGGCCCUGGAGAAGCGCCUCCGCGGUCGCGGUACCGAGAAGGAUGAGGACGUGACCAAGAGACUGGCCCAAGCGAAGAACGAGAUCGAGUACGCCAACACCGGUGUCCACGAUCGCAUCAUCGUCAAUGAUGAUCUCGAGAAGGCGUACGAGGAGCUCAAGGAGUUUAUCUUUGAGCAGAAAUAG